CAAAUACCCUCCAAACAAACGCACGGGACCGCGACAGUGAAAACUGAUAAAUUCUUGCCGAUAGCUAGAUAAACAAAAUAGUGACAAGGACCGACAGACAGAUAAGAGGAUAGAUAGACAGACAGACAGCCAGCCAGCCAGCCAGGCAGGCAGGCAGGCAGACAGACAGACAGACAGAUAGAGAGACAGAUAGAUAGAUAGAUAGGAAAGCAGUUGAGAGUGUAUAAGCUUUUUUGAUCACAUGAUAAGGCUUGCAGGGCUUAUUUUCUGGUGCUAGUUUUGUGGUGUCGAGUUGUGGUCACUGUUACUGGCCGGGGAAUAUCCCAAAACAUACAUGACGAUAUGGUAUACUCGUCAUAAGUUAGUUUGAGCUAUCAGCUAUCAGAAGGAUUUGGAAGAUGAUAUUCUGUGCCAGGCGAGGUCAACAUUAGUUUAAAUUUGCAGUCUUUGUAAGCUCUUGAAAGGAUUUAAGGCCAUCCCUCUCUUCCGAGUCUAUGGAAGAUAUUGAAGACCUUGCCCUCCAAAAGCAUACAGCUGCAUCGUUGAUUCCUCCACUCCACCCCAUGUUUCUUUGGUGGGGCCGGCAGGUCGCUCCCCGCAGGAGUUGUUUGAGAAGCUUCAGGUGCCCGUGGAGCAGCAAAGACUUCUGCUGGGCGAUCGGGAGCUGCGAGAUGGAGACGCUCUUCCAACGAGGUCUUGUUUGGACCUCACGCUCAUCAAGCGGCCAGCCGAACAAGCGGAGUGGCGCAAGCAAAUGCAGCAGGGCAUGGUGGAGAAGUUGAAGGAUGCGCCUCGGCACGUGAAAGAUGAUCGAGAGAUUGUGAUGGCUGCUGUCUCCGUGGCAGGAUGCAGUUUGGAGCAUGCAACGGCCCAAUUGCAAGCUGAUCCAGAGAUCGUCUUGGCUGCCACAGAAAACGAUUGGCGUGCGCUGCAAUUUGCGGAUGGAUCGCUGAAGAGCAAUCGGCGCAUUGUCCUGGCAGCAGUGCAACAGGAUUGGGCAGCGUUGCAAUUCGCCUCCCCGAGUGCUCGCGGCGAUCACCAGAUUGCAUUGGCGGCCAUGGCCCAGGCAUGGGGCGCCAUCUUAUUUAUCGACCACGGAUUGCGAAAGGAUCGAGCUUUCCUCUUGUCCGCGCUCUCCGCGGGGCUUUGCAACUUGGAGUUCGCGGCCACCGGUUUGCGCGGCGACAAGGAGUUGGUCCUUGCGGCGGUGAAACAACAUGGCCUCUCCUUGGGUGAUGCCGAAAAGGCCCUGCAAUCCGACCGUGAGGUGGUCUUGGCAGCCCUUUGCCAGGACUGGCAGGCCCUUCGCUUUGCUUCGAAGCACUUGCGUGAGGACAAAGAAGUGGUGCUCGCAGCUUUGCGCUCGGAUGCUCGUGCUUUGUCCUUGGCCUCGGCGAAGCUGCAGAACGAUCUUCAAUUCAUGUUGGAAGCCGUGCGUCAACAAGGCCUUUCGCUGGAGUUUGCCUCCCAGCAGUUGCGAAGCAAUGCCAAGGUGGUGGUCGCAGCGAUCCACAGCGAUGCGCAAGCAUUGAAGUUCGCCUCGGCCAAGCUCCGAGGGCAGGAGGACAUUGUCUUGGACGCGAUCGAGAAGGAUUGGAGGGCCUAUUUGUAUGCUUCUGCAGAACUCCUUGAAGACAGCGAGUUUGGCUUCAAGGCAGUGCAGAGGAGCUGGAGGAUGUUGAAGGUCUUGCCCCCCGCACAGCAGUCCCAGCGGCGCAUUGUGGAGUGCGCCGUGCGGCAGAACGGCCUGGCGCUGCAGUGGGCCUCCGAGGAGCUACGGAGCGAUCGCGCCAUCGUCCUUUUGGCGGUGCGCUGCACCUGGCAAGCUGCGCGCUUCGCACUGGGCGCCGCGCGCGAGGAUCGUCAGGUGGUGCUGGCGGCUGGGCGCUGGCCGCGCUCGCGGUCGCCGCGGCGGAGGUGCAGCUAGGCUCACCCUGCAGUCUCCAGAUCCAACAGUCGCGGGUGCCAGAGUUGAACCGACCUCGUCACGACGUGGCCUUCAGCCCCAGAGAUGCGGUGAGCGGCCUCGAAAGGAUGCGACGGAGCGCGUCACAAAAGGGAGUGUGGUCUGAGAGACUGGGGUGAGCGUAGUACAUCCAGGUAGAUUCAGAUGAGGACUUUUUAGAGUAAAACCCAUCGGCCAAACGAA